AUGGCGGAAAAUCCUGAUUACGUAUUUACACGGGAUUAUAUCGACAAUAACCGUAUCAACCUCCAACACUACCUCUGGGUAGAGCUAUUCGGAUAUCUCACGCAUCCAAACAUCCGGCUGUUGGAGAAAGCUCACUCGAGCACUGAGAGUAAGCCGCUACGCGUAGCUGAUGUGGGGACGGGUACAGCUAUCUGGCUUACCGAUCUUGGCGCUCGGCUUCCCCACGAUGUUCAAUUGGACGGACUAGACGUAUCUUUCAAUGCUGCCCCACCAGCAAGCUGGCUGCCUCGCAAUGUUACCUUGAGGAAUUGGGAUAUCAAGGAACCCGCACCAGCGGAACUUAUUGGUGCUUACGAUCUGGUACAUAUUCGCAACUUCGCCUUUGUAUUGCAGGAUGCGGAGAUACCAAGCAUCCUUGACAAGCUAAUUGCUCUACUCAGUGAGUCCUUCAUCCUGCAAAGUCCCGGCGCCGCUAACGUUAAGCCAGAGCCCGGCGGCUACAUACAAUGGGGCGAGCCUGACGUUGCAUCUUUUCGAAUCGAGAAGACGGAGGCGUCGAAUAAGGUAGAAGCACUGACCGGUCUUUUGGCGUUAUCUCAAGGUCAAGACGCAAGACUAAAACCCACCUGGGUCCCCGGUCUUGCGCGGUCAUUUGAGCUUGCGGGGCUGGAGCAGAUGCAUACGGACGUGCGUGACGCUCCUCCUCAUCUUGCACUUGCAAUGCAUGAAUGCAAUCUCACCAUCCACGAAUUGAUAGCCAGGCAGACUGGUAAGCCGGAGAUCGCAAAGGCUUUGGCCCAGAUGAUGUCGGAAGUUGGUGUUGAGACAAGAAAUGGGGCGUGUUGGGCUUUCACAAGAUGGACGAUUAUUGGCAGGAAGCAGGAUGAAGUCUAG